UAUGAAUAACGAUCCUUCAGGAAAACUUCAAAGCUCUACUAGGUGUUACACCAUACUCACCUCCACGUGGCAUCUUAACACUGACACAGUUACCCUUAUUCGAUGCUUUCGUGAAUAAGACAGAGACAGACAGAGAGAGAGAGAAACAGAAACCCACACUCCCGUUUCAACUCAUGUUUCUAGACCGAUAAAGUUCAAUGAGAACAUCUUUUAAGGAUUCUCUCAAAGUUCUUGAAGCAGAUAUUCAACAUGCGAAUACCCUAGCAUCCGAUUUACGAAGGGAGUAUGAUGGUGCAUGUGUGCAGAUGCGAAUGUCUUACAGUGCAGCUGCACAAUUUUUGCUUUUCUUUGUUCAAUGGUCGGAUUGCCACCUGGCAGGUGCGCUCGGACUGUUGAGGAUCCUGAUUUACAAGGUUUAUGUUGAUGGCACCACAACGUUGUCGACACAUGAAAAGAAGGCAAGCAUUAGAGAAUUUUAUGGUUUCAUAUAUCCAUCACUAAUGCAACUUCAAAGCGGAGUGACUAAUUCCGAAGAUAGAAAGCAGAAGAAGAUAUGUGACGAAAGAUAUUCAAAACAAGACGACAACGAUGGUGAUGAAGAACGUCGAGGUUCGGAUCUUGAUAUCGAAUCAGAAGAAGAAUGUGGUAUUUGUAUGGAAGCCAAUGACAAACUUGUACUACCAAUAUGUACCCAUGCCAUGUGCUCUCGUUGCUAUAAUGACUGGCGAACAAGAUCAUUGUCUUGUCCGUUUUGUCGCGUCAGCCUUAAAAAAACCGACCCGGGUGAGCUAUGGGUGUAUGUUAACAGAAAAGAAGUGACGGAUAUGGCCACGAUAACAUGGGGAAAUCUUAAAAGAUUCUUCAUGUACAUCGAUAAGCUUCCUCUUGUUGCCCCCAACUCGCCCUUUGAUUCCUAUUGAGGUAGAAACUAGCUCGAAAAUAUUAUAUAAAUCUAGGGUUCAUUUCUUGGAGUUUAUAAAAGUGAAUUUAUGAUAACCACCAAUAUUCUAUAUGAACAUUGGUGGUCGUCGUGGAUUCGCUCGACGACUUGCUUGUUCUUCUUGUUGGGUGAAUGGAUCGGCGGGUUUUGUAGCCGAUGUAGUUCACUUGCUAGAAAGUGGUCUUGCAAGCGAAUUUGUAACGGAUGUGUAAGUGCAUUUUGAGUGAGUUUGUUUUUACUUUGUUUAUUUGUGGAGUUGUAUGUAUAUUUUCUCAUUUGAAUAUACAAAAUAAAAAAAAGAAAACACGAUAUAUACGUGGAUUUACCUUUUUUA